AUGUCUGAACCAACCAUUGCGCAGCCCGUCCACGACAGCGGCACAUCGCAAGACAACGGCAAAGACGCUGCCAUCGUCCACAUCGCGUCCCAGAGCCCCCCCAAAGUCAUCGGGCGCAGCAGCAAAAUGUCGUCCAUGGCCAUGGUUCUCGUCGCCGGCGCGGCUCUCUUCUCCGACGGCUACAAUGCGCAAGUCGUCGGCCAGAUGAACCCCGUCUUGUCGGCGCUCUACCCGGCCGACUACACUAAGCGCGUCAAGACGGGCAUGUCCAACGCCUUUCUCAUCGGCGAGGUCUUUGGCAUGCUCUUCUUUGGCUGGGCCAUUGACAGGCUCGGCCGUCGCACAGGCAUCUUCUGGGCCACCUUUUUUCUGGUCCUCGGCAUCGUCCUGGCGACGGCCGCGCACGGCGCCACCCGCCAAGGCAUGUUUUGGAUGAUGAUCAUUGGCCGUGGCGUUGCUGGAUUUGGAGCUGGAGGCGAAUACCCGACAUGCGCCACCAGCACUGCAGAGGCGGCAGACGAAAACGCCCAGGUGCGACGUCGCCGUGGCAUGCUCUCCGCCGUUGCCACCGACUUCUCCAUCGAUCUCGGCUUUGUCUUUGCCGGCAUCGUCGUCCUCAUCGUCCUCGCUGCGUACAACUACAAGCCCGGCGACGGCCUCUGGCGUGUCUGCUUCGGUCUCGGCCUGGUGCUGCCCGUCGCCCUCCUCUUUGUGCGCCUGCGUCUGGUCAACUCGACCCAGUACCGAAAGCAUGCCAUGAAGAAGCAGAUUCCGUACUGGCUGGUCAUGAAGCGCUAUUGGAAGCCUAUGCUCGGCACCUCGAUGGCUUGGUUUGUAUAUGACUUUGUGGUAAGGACGGAUUCACGUCUGCAGACCUAUCCAUUCGGCCUGUUUGGCUCAACAAUCUUGGCCACGCUGAACCCUAGCGACAGCCUUAUGCAGACGGUCGGUUAUGGCACUGUGCUCAAUUGUUUCUACUUGCCCGGUUGUCUCCUCGGAGGCUAUCUCAUGGACAAAAUUGGGCGCAAGCAGACCAUGACUCUCGGUUUUGUUCUCUGGUCACUCAUGGCAUUCAUCAUCGGAGGCGCUCUGAACCCACUCAAGACUGUUUUUCCUCUUUUCGUCAUCAUGUACGGAAUUUUCAACGCGGUGGCCGAGAUGGGUCCAGGUGUCGCGACCUUCCUUUGCGGUGCCGAAUCUUUCCCUACCCCCGUCCGUGGCCACUUUCUUGGCUUCGCGGCCGCUGUGGGCAAGGCUGGCGCUGCCAUCGGCACCCAAGUCUUUACGCCGAUCCAAGAUUCUUUCCAGGACGAGGACAAGGGCAUACAGGGCGUAUUCCUGAUCGGCGCCGGCUUUGCCAUGACCGGAGCCAUCAUUACCUGGUUCCUUGUGCCGGACAUGGAGCGCGAGCUGGAGAGCGAGGAUGUCAAAUUUCGCCGUUAUCUAGAGGAGAAUGGAUACCAUGGUGUCUUUGGCGAAGACCAGAAAGACGAAGAUGCAUCGGUUUCCCACAUUGGCACCAGCUAA